CCUCAGUGUGUCUACCUAGAGCCGACUUCUCUCAUUGUUGCUAUUGUGACUCAAUUUGUCCGUAGCAAGGCAGGCUACUAGAUACACGGACCUACCCCACCUCGUUCCAGAGGCUACCGUCAUGGCUUCGUCCCCCAUACCAGCAGCAGACCUCAAGUCAUUCACAGACCACCUUAGAGGGUGCAAAAGGGUCAUUGCCCUUUUAGGAGCCGGCAUUUCCGCCUCCUCUGGACUUCCCACCUUCCGAGGUGCUGGUGGAAUUUGGCGAUCCUACGAUGCGACUGCACUGGCAACUCCUGAAGCAUUCAACGCCAACCCAGACCUGGUAUGGCAAUUCUACAGCUAUCGAAGGCAUAUGGCCCUCAAGGCCCAGCCCAAUCGUGCACAUUACGCUCUGGCCAAGCUGGCCCAGAAGAAUUCCAAUUUCAUCACGUUGACACAGAAUGUUGAUGGUCUCUCGCAGCGAGCAGGUCACCCCUCUCACCAGCUCCACCUCCUCCACGGCUCCCUUUUUACUGUGAAAUGUACGUCUUUCUACUGCAGCUACUCGCGCGAAAAUGACUUUACCGACCCAAUCGUGCCUGCACUCGCCCUUCCAAAGGGUGCGGCAAAUCUCGAUCCAUCACCCGAAGAUUCGACCGGUGAGCGGGCGUCUCGAGCUUUGGCGGGCGCGCUGAAGAGUGGAGAAGGGGACGAUGCAGAGCUGGAUAUCUCCGAUGAACGGGUUCCUCUGCCCGCGCUGAGUCCCGACGUACUCCCCCGCUGUCCGGAGUGCAAGGAAGGGCUCCUACGGCCCGGGGUGGUGUGGUUUGGGGAAAGUCUACCGCUACGAACGCUCGACUAUAUCGACAAAUGGAUGAGUAAGGACACGGUGGAUCUUAUCUUGGUGAUUGGGACUAGCUCGCAGGUCUAUCCUGCGGCAGGGUAUGUCGAUAAAGCGCGCGCAAGAGGUGCAAGGGUGGCAGUCAUUAAUAUGGAUCGCAACGAUGUCGGGUCUUCCGGGUUGACUUCGAGGGAUUGGUUCUUCCAGGGCGAUGCUGGAGUCAUCGUACCUCAGAUAUUAGAGCCUAUUAUUGGCAAGGUAUGAUAAGGAGGGGGGCUCAGAAGAGGGUUCUAUCUGGCUAUCUAGAAUGAUUGCAUAGCAGGCUACGAAAAGAAGAGAAGAGCGGGGUACUGCUGCUCAC